GGAUACUUCAAUAAUACAUCUUCUUUCAAAUUCACUUUUCUCCUCGACAACAACAACAACCUCAUCAACACGAUACAUGCGUCCCUUCGCCCCCCAAUUGACCCGCACCAUCGCCAAUCCAACCCUCACCGCCGCCCGCUCCGCCCCCAUCACCGCCUUCCGCUUCAACCCCACCAGCUUCACCUUCACCCCCAAAUCCGCCAUGUCGUCCACCACCUCGUCUUCCCAAUACGGCGAGCUCAAAGUCGAAAACACCAAUAUCAACACCGCGCCCGGCGUCGACCUCACCUCCACCCAAAAGACCCUCCUCGGCUCCGUCCUCGACCUCUUCGCCGGCCGCCCCUCCCUCGCCAAACUCCAACUCUGGACCGACGACGCCACCUUCACCGAUCCCAUCACCAUCGCCGAAGGCCGCAAACAAUACGAGCCGCAGUGGUACGGAUUGCAGAAAGCUUUCUCCGAGAUUGAGCGCAAGAGCCAUGAGGUGACAUCCGGAGGGAACCCGAUCGAGAUGGACAUGACGACGAGAUAUGUCGUCAAGGGCAUCAACAAGGAGCAGACCAUUUCGAGUAAGGUGAAAGUGCACCUCGAUGCUGCCGGGGAGAAGAUUGUCAAGGUGGAGGACUUGUGGAACGGAGAUAUGGACAAGGACAGUUCGUUCAAGAAUGCUCUUCGCAAGGUCAACGCCAACACGGUUCCUCUCGCCGUCAAGGUGCCGAAGAACGCAGAGGAGGACGCCAAGAUGGGUAACCAGUAGAGUGGACUGAGGAGAUAUCUAUGGACUCCGACCAGUCCGUAGCAGCGAAGAUUUGACACGAUCAAACGCAUGCCAUCCGCAGCUAGCUCCUGUAUCCUCACGAAUUCAUGAUCGAUACUCAACACGAGUGUCUUAGCCAAGCUCUUUCAUCCACGUCAAGUCGACCAUUUGACCAUCCCAUCUCACCCGGCAGCACCUCACCCACCAUCCUUCUUCU